AUGCAAUCACGAGCGACAGCAAAUGCAGUGGAGAGUGAAAAGCAUCUUAAAGAUAAACAAUUGCAAUUAACCGAUUUAGGCAAUGACACAAGAGAUCACCUCAACAUAAGUGGUACCAACUUAAACUACAACAAGCGGGCAACAACUAUCAGAACAGCAGUUCCAAAUGCAAGUGACUUAUUCCUUUGGCGUACUGGAAUGAUUAAUGGCCAACAAGGGCCAAUGGCAACAACAGCAACAGCAAGAGCAACGGCUAUGGCAACAGCGCCAUUAAGACCCACCAAUGUUAUUGGUAAUCAACCAGCUGCCAUGCUGGGGCAUUUGUCUAAAGACGUUGGUCAAAAUAUUUGCUCUAUAGAUGAUAGUUGUUUUGUAUUACUUAAUACAGGUCGCGAGCUUGUAGAAUCAGAUAAUGGUUUACUUUCAACAGUUGCACAUAAACUUGGUCCAAAUGCAAAUACUUGCUAUGCAUUGGAAGGUGCUAUAUCAAAUGCAGGAUCAACUGUGUCGUGGUUAAAAGAAAGUUUAAAAAUAAAUACUGAAAUAAAUUCAAAUGAUAAUGUAGUUGAGCUACUAAAUACUUACCUUGGUGAAAAUUCUAUGAUAUCAUCAUCAUGUUCGUCAAAUAUGUUAAAUACUGAUUGUGGAUUAGCGUCGAACCGUUCUGAAAUAACAUUUGUACCUGCAUUUAAUGGGCUAUAUUCCCCAUAUUGGCGUUAUGAUUCAAGAGGAAUAAUGUUGGGAUUAACUAGUCAAACAACCGCACAAAAUGUCACACAAGCUGCAUACGAAAAAUGCUCCAAAGUUUUGGAGCAAUAG